AUGGGCAGUUUGCCGGCCAUUUCGGCCUCUGGCACUCUGCCAGAGAAGGGCGAUCGACAGCACGCCUUCUGGGAACGCCAAGUCCAUGCUACGGCGAUGUUAUUGGUGUCCAAGGGUCAUCUGAAAGUGGACGAGGUGAGGCGUGGCAUUGAAUACCUUGAUCCAAAGACAUAUGCUGAAGCCUCGUACUACGAGAAGUGGGCCAGUUCCAUUUGCAGCGCCUUGUUGGAACAUCAGCUGCUGAGUAACGAGGAACUCGCCAAGGAGCUGGGCGAUGAUGGCGACGAUGAGAGCCCAAGGUUCCAGGUCGACAGCGUGGUGCGUGUGAAGCCCAGCUCCUUCGCCAGCCGCUGGCGACGCCCGCAUCUGCGGACGCCAGGAUUCGUGCACGGCGUUUGUGGUGUUGUGGAGCGAUCUCUGGGUGUCUUCGCGAACCCCGAGCAGUUGGCCUUUGGUGGAAAGGCGUGGGGCAAGAGCCCGUUGUACCUUGUGCGCUUCGAUGCCAGGUGCAUUCAGGACUUUGAUGCACAAGAUCAGCACCAGGUGACGGUGGAGAUCUAUCAGAGCUGGCUGGAAGCUGCUGAUCCGGAAGAGUUGGAGCAGCAGAAGCGACGAGUUGCACCGCUUGCAGAUGGCCAUCCGGACUGCAAACGGGCCAAGACUGAUGGCCACAGCCACCACGGCCGCCAUGGCCACGACCACGUCCACGAGGAACGUGUGCUGGUGGAGCAACGGGCAGUUGAUGAGGAGCUGCCAUGCCCCGCCAUCGCGCGAGCCCUUGUGGCAGCGGUGCAACAGAAAGGCAUCGUCUCAGCCGCCGAUCUCCGCGCCUUCGUGGAAAAAUUGGACGCCAAGGGACCCACAGAGCGUGGCGAGGUGGGGCGGAAAGUGGUGGCAAGAGCUUGGGUGGAUGCCGAGUUUAAGGCUCGUCUUCUGACAGACGCCAACAGCGCCUGCGCCUCCAUCGGGGUCAACGCAGUGAAUCCCACAGCACCCACACAGCUGGUGGUCUUCGAACAAACGCCCAAGGAGCAUCACUUGAUCGUGUGUACCCUUUGCAGCUGUUACCCUUUGCCACUGCUGGGACUCUCCCCUGACUGGUACAAGUCCCGGGAGUACCGCAGCCGCGCAGUGCGUGAGCCAAGGAUGGUCUUGAAGGAGUUUGGCACGGAGCUGUCGAAAGAUGUGCAGGUGGUGGUACACGACUCCACGGCCGACUGUCGCUACAUGAUUUUGCCACGGCGACCCAAAGGCACUGAAGGCUGGUCGGAGGAGAAGUUACAGGAGAUCAUCAGCCGCGACGCGACGAUCGGUGAGCUGGGCGAGCUCAUCGAAAAAUACGACCUGGAUGGGGUGGAUUACAACUGGGAAUACCCUGGUUAUCGCUUCGGUCAGGGCUAUUUGGCCGACACCGAGGUCACAGCGGACUACGACGGCCUGUCGAAGCUCUUGUUUGCAACUCGGGAGAUGUUUACGCAACGAAGUUGGGCUAACAAGGUCAUUACCUUGGCGUAUUAUCCCGACGGUCGACAAGAGCAGUUGCUGCGAGAGCACGGUAUAGCUGAGCAAGCUGAUUUGCUGCACAUGAUGAGCUACGACCAAGGUGGAAGUCACCAUAGCACCUUGGACUACGGCAAGAAGACUGCGGAUCAAGGGAAACGCAUCCUACCUGCACGACAGUUGACGAUGGGCGUGCCGUUCUAUGGCCGCCACAGCCGAAGUGGUGAAUGGACCACCUAUGAAGACUUGGUUCAACGCCACUGGCCCUUAGACUUCACCCGUGAUGCGGUCGAUGCACCGGACAAAGGAGCAACUAUUGGUUUCAAUGGAGUGUCGACCAUCACCCUGAAGACCAACUACACUUUGCAGCAAGGUGAUGAUUUGGGAGGUUGGUCAGGAUUGCCGCCUGCUUCCAGUGGUCCACGGGCCAACGACACAUGUUCGCACCUGUCCCGCAGACGAUGCGUCAUUGUUGUUGGCCAUCACCAAUUCCUUGGUCGAAGCCAAACGCACGCGGAUGCGCAUGCCAGGCUGGCACGAUGUGACGACAACUUUCGACCCUGGCGAGCUGUGAAGAAAAAUGCUGAGAUGCACUGGAGAUAUCUGGAGAUGGAAAGGCGGGAAACCAACGAAGCCAAAGGGACAGAGGUCGCCUCACGUAGUUCACGCAGUGAAGCGCAGCUCUUACAGGAAGAGGUCGAAUGGCUUCAAAGCCAGUUGCAUGCUGAACGUGCGCAGAGUGAUGCUAGGCUCAAGGCCUGCAGCGAAGUGAAAGAACAGCUGCAAGACGCGGAGGAUCGUGCUCGGCGGCACCGCGAGGCGGCUGAGUACUGGCAAGCUGAGUUCAACAUCAAGGAGGAGCAAUUUUGCCUCCUAGAAGCCAAAUUGGCCGCCAUCGCUCUCAGCGAGGCCGAAGCAGAAAGCUCAGCAGCUACCGGCACCGCUGGCACAGGGGCAAACGCAACACAAGCAACGCGAUCCGCCUGCGAUCCGCAGGAAAGUAAAGAGCUUGAAGCGGAGCACUGGAAGCUGCUGGAUGUGUCUCCGGCUGAGAUGUGCGGUUCGACCGACGUUUUACCCGAGGCCCUCCGCCCCUCGCUCAGCGACGAGACUGCAGUGCAACGCUGCCUCGAUUUGUACCAAAACGGACUUGGACUCGAGCUGGAUAUGGAUGCGGAGGGCUUUCACAGCCUCUUGCUGGCAGCCAUUCGACGGCCUGAGGGCAGCUGUGAUCUCCUGAAUCGCAUCCUUCGCAGUUGGGCCUGUUGCUUACUGAACCGCCAUGAAGGGCUGGCCAUCAAGACCGCUGUGACAAUGGGAAACUUGGAGGCUUUGGAGGCCUUGGUUUCUCUAGGCGGUCCAUCCGCGGUGGCAACAGCCACAGCGUUGCCCACCGCAGACAAUGGACAGGACGCCUCUGCUCCAGAGGCGGUCGUGCCAGAGAGGACUGAGGGUUUGCUGUGCUCCUGCGCUGCUAAAGGUGAUUCCGCCAGUUUGGCCCUGCUGCUGGAACAUUUGCACGAUAGGAGAACAUUGGAGAUCAUUCGCAAGGCCAGGGCUGUUGCUUCGCAGCAUGGUCAUGGCGACGUUUCUCAGCUCCUGGCUACGCACCUGGUGGUCGAGCUUUCAUAUGUGGGCAACAGCAAGUAUCGCGCAGGCGAGUACGACAGCGCCAUACGCUGUUACCAAGAGGCGAUUGAUAUUUGCGAGGAGCAUGGAGGCCCUGGUGCUUGUGCUUCGCCGGCAUCCACCAGCGUUGCCAGCUGCCAUCGAGACAACUUGGUGAGACUCAGGUACAAUCUGGCGAGGGCCUUUCAUCGCUCGGAUCGAUGGAUGCAGGCACGAGAACAGGCUACCUUGGUCCUGCAGCUAGACAGUCAGUACCUGAAUGCCUAUGCCUUGCGAGCGCAGGCUGCCAUGUCAGCCCUGGACUGGUCGGCUGCCAAAGAAGACUGGGAGCGGUUGCUGGAACGAGGUGGACCUCACUCAAGCGAAGUGCUGCGCGCUUGGCGAAGGCGGCAAGAUGAAUGCUGUCGACAACUCGCCCAGGACCACUACGAGAUUUUGGGUCUGCCACCAUUGGCAGAGCCAGAGGAGGUCCGCCGCGCCUACCGGGACCUCGCAAGGCGCUGGCAUCCGGACAAGCACCAGAGCAGGUCCUUGGAUCUCCGUGACCGCGCGGCGCAGCGCUUCACGCGCAUCCGCCAUGCCUACGAGGUCCUGUCCGAUGAGGGUUUGAAGCAAAGCUACGACGUGCAGCUGCGACAUGAGGCCAGUGGUCACCGCAGAGGUGGUGGAGUUCAGGGUCUUGGAUCGCAUUCAAAGGAGCCCGAGUCGGACAUAGAACGGCACUGGGCGGAUCAUGAGCAAACGCUUUGA